UCGCCUUUGUUGCGUCUAUCCGCCGCUGUCACACACUUUAAUUCGACUCUCUUUCUCCCUCAUUGAAAACCCUCCACAAUGACAUUCAAUAAGGGCCGCCGAGUGAAAACCUGGUUAUUUUUACAUAUUCUUCCAAACCAACACCCCCCCUUCACGCAGACCCCCCCCGACUCGGCAGGGGCCCGAGCAAAGGAAUUAAUCACUGCUCUUUAACAGCAACUGCCUUCAGGCAAUGACUUGUCCCUUUUUUGUGUGCCCAGAAAUGACACAUUAACCCUAAAUUGGUUUGCAUACACUUAACAUUCAGCUGUUGCAUGUGUGUGUACACACGCACGCACGCACGGAAAAGUGCAACUUAUUGUGCAUGAUAUUGUAUAUGCUCAUAUAACGUCGCCUGCCUUUCUUUUUCUUUCUUUUUUGUGGAAUAAAGGGCAAUUUAAGCAGUGUUUUAUGAUGAAAUAAGAGCGGUGAUAAAAGGCAGAAUGGGGCAGUGCCGCCUCUCGCGGCGUGGGUGGGGCUGACAAGAAUAGACUACAUUAUGCAGUUCAUUUAGUUAACAAGUGAAAUAAUGGGGAAGCGUGCAGUGGGAAUGCCGAAAGAAAAGCACAAAACCCUAUUGAGGGCUCUUGGCCGCUUGCAGCGUAACCGUCACAUGGCCGCAGUGGCUCCGCCGCGCCUAUUUAAGGAGGCUCCGGCGCGCCUUCAGCACCACUUCGCUGUCCACCCACCCACGGGAGAGCACGCACGAACGCGCCCGCACGACGCAGCACAACCGCAACCAUGCCGAGGUCUUUUCUGGUGGAUUCGUUGAUUUUAAGGGAAGCCAACGACAAGGGGAGCGAGAACAGCCCGCCGCUGUUCCCUUACGCCGUGCACUCGGCCGGCCACCACCCGCACGGCCUGCCGGGUUCCUGCCACUCCAGGAAGGCCGGGCUGCUGUGCUUCUGCCCGCUGUGCAUGGCCGCCUCCCAGCUGCACCCUUCUCCACCCGCACUGCCGCUCCUCAAGGCCUCCUUCCCGGCCUUCUCCUCGCAGUACUGCCACACGGCCCUCUCCAGGCAACACUCCGCAUCCAACAGCAUCAACCUCGGCCACGGCGCCGCCAUGUACCAGGCCGCCUACACCGUCCCGGACCCACGCCAGUACCACUGCAUCUCCAUCGAAAGCAGCAACAGCAAACUUCACAGCAGCAAGCGCAUGCGCACAGCCUUCACCAGCACGCAACUUUUGGAGCUGGAGCGGGAGUUCACGUCCAACAUGUACCUGUCCAGGCUCCGGCGCAUCGAGAUCGCCACCUACCUCAACCUGUCCGAGAAGCAGGUCAAGAUCUGGUUCCAGAACCGCAGGGUGAAGCACAAAAAGGAGGGCAAGAGCGGGCCCGGCGGCCCAAGGACCGCCGCGCACGGCUGCAAGUGCUCGUCCGCCGCCAGGUGCUCGGAGGAAGAGGAGGACGACAUGCCCGUGUCCCCUUCGUCGUCCUCCGAGAAGGAUGACGUGGACUUGUCCGUCUCACCUUAAAUCUGAGGAUUUUCUUUUAUAUAAAAAAAAAAAAAAAAAAAAAAAAAAAAAAAGCCAAAAAAAGACUGCUUCACUUGUGUACAUACAAAGAGAAUAUUUAAUCAGGGAAUUGUCCUGACUUAUUGUAUAGAGCAGUAUACACGUUGUACGUUUGCUAUGUAGUUUUUUUCUGAAAACGGUCAAUUUGUUCUAUUUGUGCAUUUGAGAUCUUGGGAGAAACAUUCCCCCUCAAAUGUUAUGUGUCACGGCAAAAAGUAUUUAUUUAUUUAAAAAUGUUGAAAUAAAAGCAUAUUUCUCAACCGUACAGGUCUGGUGUGGGUCUUUAUUUGCGCGCCAUGAGUGCGGGUCAACUUGGUCAAAAGCGCACGCAGCAAUUUUGCGCGCGCAAAAAAAAUUCCUGUAGU